AUGUUUACGUCCGAAUGCGAUGCCGUUCCAUACGUUAAGCGUCUGAUUGAGAGAGAAGAGAAGAUAGGAAUGCAUCGUUCUCUUCUAAAUCUCUUACCAGAGACAAAAAGCCUGAUGUCGGUGAAGCCCUUUGUUUCCUAUAAGACGCUUUACUCUGAUUUUAUAGUCCGUGAAGUUUACCCCGGAUUUAACGAUGGUGAACCUUUGAAUCUCGUUUCACUUUCCCCGUCUAGCUCUAAUAGAGAUUUGUGUGAACCCAAGCCUGAAAAGCGGCCGCGUCGAGAACUCAUACCGAGCGAAGAGGUACUUCGCAGCGUAAAAGAAGGUUUGACUAGUCUUAUUUCGCAGGUGGACCUCGACAGGCUUUUGGCCGGCCUUCAGCAAGGUGAACGAAAGGUUUUGCUAAGUAAUACCACCGCAGACAAGGCCAAUCGAACCAUCAUUCAUCAAGUCGUCAAAGCAACCCUUGGCUCUACCCACGUGAGCACCACACAAGGGGGUAUUAUUGCAAUUCUCAAGGCCACAAACGAAGAGCGGCGUGAGGAGAAUCGACGCUCACGACCGCUCAAGACCCGUCCUUUUCUUCAUUUCACCUUGUAUAAGGAAAAUAUUGAUAGCGCGCAUGCCUUGCGCACCAUGGCCAAGUACCUCCACCUCUCCACGCGCCAAUUUCAGUACUGCGGAACAAAAGACAAGCGCGCGGUUACGGUGCAGCGCAUGGCGAUUCGCGAUAUCGAACCGGAUAAGCUUUCAAGCGUAAACAAGCUAUCAUUUGGGCCGCGGUCUGUGGUGAAAGUUGGCAGCUUCAAAGAAGAAAACACAGGACUGAAACUUGGCGAGGCCUAUGGGAACUACUUCCAAAUCACACUCCGUGUUCAUCCCUGCUCGCCAAAAAUUAGUGAUGAGCACUUAGCAAUUGUGAAGGCAACCUUGGAAAAAAAAGGCGUGAUUAACUACUUUGGGCCGCAACGAUUCGGCACAACCGAGGUCCUCACGAGCGAUCUUGGCCUCAUGCUGCUGCGAGGCCAGUACAAAAAGGCGACCGAGGCGAUCUUCGAAUCGCGAGCGAGCAUCGACCCUCAGAUCCACGAAGUUGUUACUCUUGUACGCUCUCAAGACUACAAGGGUGCUCUAGAAAAACUGCCCCACUAUUGUUUACAGGAACGUGAUAUAUUGAAGCACCUGUCGAACCAUCCGAACGAUUACAUGGGCAUGCUGCAGGUUAUUCCACGCACACUCGGGAUGCUGUAUUUUCACGCAGCACAGAGUCUUAUUUGGAAUUUCAUGGUGUCUCAACGCCUUUCGGAUGAGACCCGCGCAUGCCCUGAGGUAGGAGAUAUGGUUCUAGCAUCGGUUUAUAGGGCUAAGAUGGGUGCAGAGGCGGAUUGUGAGCAUGCGGGAGAGCAUUCAAGGGGUGAAGCGAAUACUGACGGAUCCGACUCAUCCGACGAAAAAUUACCGGCGGUUCAGCUGCUCUCAGAGAAAGACGACCUUUCACGGUUCGACUUGAGCGAUGUUCUUCUUCCGAUCCCAGGGCCUGACGUGGAAUUGCGCUACCCAGAGUCUCACGGCUGCACGAAAGAAGAUUAUCGACUCCAUAUGGAAGCCUUAGGUGUGGAGGCGGCUUUUCUUGACCACACAACUUCUAAUCCGCUGGUAAAAAUUUUCCACUACUACGGGACCUAUCGUGCAAUAAGUGUACGACCACAGCGGUUGAAUCUAUCCCGCACCGUCGUCUCGAAUUGGCUACAACGCGUCAUUUCGACCGACUGGGAACAGCUGAAGGUGAAUCUUUUACACAAUAAAGGAACAGAAGCGGCAGAUAUCAAGUCUGCAUCAGUGGAUCAAAAGCUAGAAAACUCUCCUUACCUCGACGAAGCAGCACUUGAUUCACAGACUGAGUAUCAAGUACUAAUGGCAAAUUUUUUGCUCCCUUCGGGAAGUUAUGCGACAGCAGUGCUGCGAGAAUUUUGCGUCGCAACUUCAGAAGGUUAUCAUGAAGAAACAACACAAGCGUCUAACAUCAGCGUUUAA